AUGACGACGCCCACCAUGAUCACUGUCGAAUCACUCCCCAACCUUCUCGCUGACGACAUCAAAGUCAAAGUCGCCGGUAUCGACAGCGAUGGCGUGCUGCGUGGCAAGGUUAUGGCCAAGGAGAAGUUCCUUGGGAUUGCGGAAAAGGGAUUCGGCUUCAGCUCAGCCCUUUUCGGUUGGGACAUGCACGAUAUGCUAUGGACAACCGAUGCUCGGGUUGCACCCCGGGAGUCAGGGUACGCAGAUUUCCUGGCUGUCCCAGAUCUGAACUCGUUCCGCCGUCUACCUUGGGAAGAAAACAUUCCGUUCUUUCUAGUGCGAUUCCUUGAUGAUACACGUCCGGUUUCUGCAGAUGGGAGGAGUAUGUUGAGGAGUCUGUGCGAUAAGCUUGCAGGGGAGGGACUUCAUGCUUUAGCUGGAGUCGAACUUGAAUUUAUGAAUUUCCAAACCCCUUCUGAAGACGGAUACGGCAGUGCAGGCUCCCAGCAUCCCAACCUCGCUACUUUCCUAGAGAAAAAUGCCCCUAGCGCCCUUCGACCAAUUACAGCUGGAAUGUUCUGCUAUAGCUCAACGAGACCGGUUGCCAACAAGAAGUACUUCUACGAUAUUUUCAAUACAAGUGCGCAGAUCAACUGCGGCAUUGAAGGAUGGCACACUGAGGGCGGGCCCGGUGUGUAUGAAGCAGCCUUGAAGGUUUCUGAGAUUAGCGAAAUGGCAGACAAAGUGGCAUUAUUCAAACUCUUAACCAAAUCCCUAGGCGUUGACCACGGCGUUACACCAUGCUUCAUGGCUAAGCCCAUGCAAGGCAUGCCAGGCAGCUCCGGACACAUCCACAUUUCACUUGCUGACAAUGAUGGGAAGAACCUGUUUGCAAGGGAGACACCCGAGGCAAACCCCCAAUGCUGGGGACUUGAGGACCGGAUUGCCUCAAUCCGUCUUAUCACGCCACCAGUAUGCAAGCCAGGUGCCACGCGUUUCGAAGUCCGCAUUCCUGGAGCUGAUCUACAUCCCCAUUAUGCGCUGAGUGUCAUCCUGGCAGCCGGUUGGAGGGGUGUACAAAAAAAGAUUGAGAUCAAGGUCCCACCGAUGUCUGCACGCACUCCCGGGGACCGCCCAGAACUUCUUCCCAAUACUUUGGACAAGGCUUUGGACCGAUUCUCGGCCCCAGGAAGUGUUGCACGGGAGAUUCUGAGUUCGGAGUUUGUAGAUUUCUUCACAGCCACAAGACAGCACGAAUUGGGUCUUUGGAGAGAGGCUGUGACUGAUUGGGAGUUGAAGCGAUAUAUUGAAAUAGUGUAA